UUAUGUCACAACGGCGUUUCGGCAUAACGAUGAUGGUGUGCCUGGUGUCGCCACCGACCCAGUAGAAGGCGAGUUAACAUCCUUCACCUCCCGUGUCCCGCAUGGAGCUGCGCGUCGAACCGGUCGUAACACCUCUCGAGAUGUCCGAAAGCAGCCAGAGUCACGACGGCGAGUCGCUGGAGGCGGAUGCCUACGAGAGCUUGCCGCCCACGGCUUCCCUAAGUACGCAGAUGACAGCGGGAGCGGUGGCUGGGAUACUGGAGCACACCGUGAUGUACCCUGUGGACUCUGUCAAGACGCGCAUGCAAAGCCUCCAGCCGGACCCCAAGGCCCAAUACCGCAGUGUCUACGAGGCCCUGCAUCGCAUCAUGCGCACCGAGGGUCUGCUGCGGCCCUUCAGGGGCCUCAACAUCACCAUGCUGGGUGCCGGCCCAGCCCACGCCCUCUAUUUUGCCUGCUAUGAGAGGGUCAAGCACAUCCUCAGUGACGUCAUCCAGAACGGGGGCAACAGUCACCUGGCCAAUGGGGUCGCUGGCAGUGUGGCCACUGUUCUUCACGACGCCGUCAUGAACCCGGCAGAAGUGGUGAAGCAACGCAUGCAGAUGUACAACUCGCCGUACCGGGGCCUGUUGGACUGCGUGCGCACGGUGAGGCGUGCUGAGGGCAUGGCCGCCUUCUACCGCAGCUACAGCACACAGCUGGCCAUGAACGUGCCCUUCCAGGCCGUGCACUUCGUCACCUACGAGUUCAUGCAGGAGCGGCUGAACCCGCAGCGGAGCUACCAGCCGACCAGCCACAUCGUGUCGGGGGCGGCGGCGGGCGCCGUUUCGGCCGCCGUUACCACGCCGCUGGAUGUCUGCAAGACGCUGCUGAACACGCAGGAGGACACUGUGCUGAGUUCCAUGAGCAUGCGCGGGCACCUGUCGGGCAUGGCCAACGCCUUCAGGACCGUGUACCGCCUAGGCGGUCUGCCCGCCUUCUUCAAGGGCGUGCAGGCCCGCGUCAUCUAUCAGAUGCCCUCCACGGCCAUCGCCUGGUCCGUCUACGAGUUCUUCAAGUACUUCCUGACCCAGCAGUAGCCGGGCCAAGCUCUUGGGGUAGGGAGGGUGUUGUCCCCGCCCAGAAAUGUGGCUGGCCCAGUCGGAGAACGCCUCGCUGUCACAAAACACAGAAUGCGCUGAGCAUAACUGGCAAAAGAUCCAGAAAGAAACACUGAGCAGAAGAGAUGCAUGUCUGAGGGCCGCCGGCCCCUCCCUCUGAACACUGAUCCCUGGGGAGGCUUCAUGAAGGCGUUUCAGCAAGAGGCCGCAGGAUUUCUCCUAUUUUAUUUACUUUCCACGAGUUGCAGUCCAAAACCUCUGCAAGGUCUGUCAACCCUGGGGUUUUUUACUUUUAGAAAUAUUUUAAUGGUGCAUUCGUAAAUAACUUUGGCACAUUCCCAGAACAGUGAACUUGGGUCGGCCCCGUUUUCACAAGUGCCUGUCACCUGCAGUCUGCAGCCUCUGUCACUUUGUCCGUGACCAUUUUCAGGAGUGGCUUCAUGGACAUCUGUGAAAGGGACGGGUGUAGUUUGUACAGCCCCCCACCCCCGCAGGGUUUUCCAUGCUUCAAACAUUCUGCUACGUGUGGUGGGGGAUUUCUCUAUUUGUUAGACUGAAUUCAGCUAUAACCCACCUGGUUGUGUUCAGUCAAUGCAAAGAUGUGUGUGUGUGUGUGUGUGUGUGUGUGUGUGUGUGUGUGGGAGGCAGUUGCUGUGAUGUUCACUUUUAUUAUUAUUGAGCUAAGAGUUUUCAAGACAAUGAUGCCACAGGGUAGAUUAAAGAGGCUGAUUGACUGUUUUUAAAUGCUGCAUGAGCUGUGUUAGGACACAGACCAGAGCUCCCGAGUCCUUCAUAUGCUCAAGGGGUAAUUAUUUUUGGUUACCUAACUGCAGCCCAUGUAUUUCCCAGAUUAAAGGGGGGAGGUUCUGUUUAACUUGGUAUUUUUUAUUUUUUUUUUCCCUUGUUGCGUGCAACACUGUGAUGAGGAACCUGGGGAUGAAUGUCCAGAAGAGCGUCACUUUUUUAAAAAAAAUAUGAAGUGAACUGAUACUAUGGAAUUUUGGAAGCUUUACACAACACUCACCCUAUUUUGCUAAGUCCCAAAAUCACACACAAUUAUGGGAAGUUGGGGUCAGUCCAAGUGUGUCUGCGUUUAGUUGAUAAUGCAACGCUGAUGCUUCACACUCACGCCAAAGUUUUAGGGGUCCAGGGCCCAGCUCCGCCCAAUCCACUAGAAGGAUGUUUGAUCUUCUGAAGUCCGCAUCUUUGGAUCCAAGUCACUGGAUUCUAUGUUUACUAGAGUGGUGAAUAACUUGGUGUUAAAUUAUACAGGUUGUAAAAAA